AUGUUCUUUAUCGGUAUGACUUCACAAACCAUAGGUUCCCUGAUCCCAUUAAUCACUCUAUAUUACAAGAUAUCCGCAUCCACAAUCUCUUUAAUAUUCAUAUCACAACUAUGUGGUAGCUUGAUCAGUGCAUUGGUCAUUGAACUGGUGCAUAAAGUGGUUGGAAGACUUGGAGUUUUAAUCUUGGGGAAUUUGUGUAUCAUAAUGAUGAGCUUGAUUAAUGUUUUCAAGCCUCCAAUAUGGUUAUUUGUGAUGAGCUAUGGCGUUGCAGGGUUGGGGAUGGGGCUUUUGGGUGGCUGUAUGAAUGUCUUUAUUAGUUCUUUGAAAAGUCAUAAUGAAUUGAUGGGUAUCCUACAUGGGUGUUUUGGUAUUGGUGGGAUUGUGUUGCCUGUGAUUAUUAAUAAGGUUCUUGAAUGGAGUUUUAAUGAUUUUGGUAUACAUUAUUUGAUUAUGAGUUGGGUUGGGUUGUUGGUUUGCUGUUGUGUCUUGGGAAGCUUUUGGAAAGAGGAUGGAUUGAAGUAUGAAUAUGAGAUAUCUGUGCUUAGGGAUCAUGAAGCAUUUCAAGAUAACAGUUUGAAGAACAUUUUGGAAAAUAAGGUUGUUUGUUGGUUUGCAUUGUACUUGUUUUUUUGUACAGGAUCUGAAUCAUCAGUUGGAUCUUGGUUAGUGAAUUAUUUGGAUAAUGCAAAGCAAUUUGAGCAAUCUAGUGCAAAUUUCAUCAUGACAUUUUUUUGGAUUGGUAUAACUAUGGGAAGGAUAAUUUUAGGAUUCAUAACUUCAAAUUUGUUCCAAAAUGAAUACAGGGCAAAUUUGGUUUACACCACCAUGUCAUUAUUGAUUAUUUUGAUCUUUACUACAAUCAAUUUAAUUACAACAAUGAAUCAAACAUUAACAAUGUUAAUGAUAUUUAUUGAAGGGUUAUUCAUUGGACCUUUAUUCCCAACAAUGAGUGUUACCUUGAUGAAAUUAUUACCAAUUGAAAACCAAGUAAACGCAAUGGGAGUUGUAAGUAGCCUUGGUGGGACUGGGUUCACAAUUGGACCUUUUUUAAUUGGGAUGAUGGUUCAAUUAACUGGAUUGGAACUAUUUCCUAUUCAUGAUUUGUGA